CCCGUCUCAUCUCAUUGCCCCAUCUUUCCUCUUCACUAUCUUUCUCCAAAACCACAAGACUAGACACUAGCAACAGAACCACUUAAGUUUUGUGUUAACUAAAAAGAUGGGCUCAUUGGUAGGGCACGUAGCACCAGGGUUUGGGUUUUUUCUUAUUGGUAUUUGGCACUUGCUCAAUCACACAAAAUUACAUGCUCUGCACCCAAAAUCCUACACUUCCUUGCCAUGGUUCCCAGCUCCAAGAAUCAGGUAUGCGGAGCUUUUUGUGAUUAUGGUUGGCACCUUAUUGUCCAUAUCAAUGGAGCUCUUCAUUGGUCCAUCAAAACACCAACCUCUAGACUCUGAUGGAACCAUUCCUUCAUAUCAUCUCCAUAACUUUGAACAUGCAAAUAUUUCCCUUAAUUUCUUUGUCUAUGCUGCCUUUUCAAUAAUAUUGGACAAAAUCAUCCCUUCAACCCCAGCUCAACAUGGGCUUACGUUAUUUCUUGGAGCUGUUGCUUUUUUCCAAGAACUCCUCCUCUUCCAUCUUCAUUCCACUGACCAUAUGGGUGUCGAAGGACAAUACCAUUGGCUUCUCCAAAUUGUCAUUUUUUCGUCUUUUGCCACUACCCUUCUGGGAAUUCCUUUCCCAAAGAGUUUCUUGAACAGUUUUGUUAGAUGUUACAGCAUUAUGUUUCAAGGAAUUUGGAUGAUGGUCAUAGGUAUCAUGCUUUGGACACCGGAUUUUAUCGCGAAAGGUUGUUUUUUGAACACGGAAGACGGGCGUAAAGUGGUUAGAUGCCAUGACAAGGAAGCACUUGAAAGAGCAAAGUCAUUAGUAAAUAUACAAUUCAGUUGGUAUUUAGUUGGAAUCACUGUUCUUACUGUCUCUCUUUAUUUGGUCCUCGUCAAGUUUUUCAGAGAAAAUGUUUACUUGUCUUUAAUGAGCAAAUUUGAGGAUCAUGAGGAUUGGGAGGAUGUUGAAGCUCAGAAGAGAAAACUUGUCAGCCAAGGUGAACCAAAGAGGUUUCUUGAAAUGGGAAAACAAGAGCAUAAUUAGAAAUGGAGUGUGUGUGUGUGUGUGAAUGUGCGGGGGCGUGGUGUGGUGAGGAAAAUAAAAAUGUAUAUAUACUAUGGUUUGGCAGCCUAGUAAAAAUAAAACAACUGAAAUGGUGGGCAGGGGAUUCUGUUCAAAGUUUGUUUUUAUAUUUAGGGGAGGCCUACAUGUGAGGGACGGGGCUUAUGUGAGAAAUGUUGAUUGUUGGAAGGAAUUUGAUUAAUAAAUCAUGUUCAAUUAUCAUAAAA